UUCUUUCCUUUCCCCUCCCAGGGAUAGGAACUUUUGUUUUCUGUUCAACUGGUGAUUGAACCUAGGGCCUUUGCAGGGAGUCGCAUGCUCCGCUCUUUUUGUUUUCGAGACAGGUUCUCACUAAGUCACUAAGCUCAUGCUGGCCUUGAACUUGCCAUCUACCUGCCUCAGCCUCCGAGUGUUGGGAUCCCAGGCCUGUGGGUCACUGGGGGGAGCGCUUUCACAGCUGGUGUCGAAGCAGGAGUCUACAUUGCCCAUUCCUGGCCCCUCCUUCCACCACCCCACCCUGGUUCACGGGGAGGGGUGGCAGAGGGGGCUGGGCCUGGUAUCAUCCCCUCUGUAUUUGGUGUGGUCUGAGCUGCCUGAAGGUCUGGGGUGGAGACAGCAGUGAGGACCAGGCUGGAGAGACCCUCCGAGUGGCCUUGGCACUCGGUUCUCUGGCGGCCUGCAGCGUUCCCUGUGGACCUGGCCCCUUUCAUGGGGGUGUGGGAUGCUCAUUCCUGCGCUGAGCCUUUGUGAACUGUCCGCUGCUGUUUUCAAUCCAUCGUUUUCAAAAGCCUUCCCUGCCCUGACUGUUUCUCUGCUUCUUGGUGCCACCAUCCAGCAGUCCCCAGCCUCACUUCCCGGGUCUGAGCAAUGUGAAAGUGCAAGUUUUUCUUUUUCUUUUUCCUUUGGCAACCAAGUACCUCUCACUGAACCGAUUUCCAAAUAUUACCCAGUGAAGAGGGGCAGUGGUGGCAGGCCGUUGCGGGCGGGCAGGCGGGCGGCUGGCUUCCGGCCCGGGCUGAGCGCUGCCCAGUGCCCUGCCACCCGCACUGGGGGCUGGCGCCCGGCUGCCCAGAGGAAGGAGGCUCCUGGCACCCUGCUGUCCUGCAGCCGCUGCCCAGUGACAGCCGCCCUUGCAGAAGGGCCGCUCCGGCGUCCCUGCUCGCUCAUCUCUUCCAUCAGUGCACACUUUGUUUAAUUUUAUUUUUGUUUGCAGUACGGGAGACUGAACCGGGGCCUUUGCACUGACCUGCCUCUCCAGCCCUUCUGCUUGCAGACUGGCAUCUGGCAAACUGCCUGGGCUCACAGCCUGCAUCACAGAGCCUUUUUGUUUUUGUUUUUAUUUUUGAGGUUAUAUAGUCCAGGUUGGCCUAGAAAUUGUGAUCCUCCUGCCUCAGCCUCCCGAUGCUGGGAAGACAAGCUUGUGCUACCAAAGCCUGGCCAGAUCCCAAAUCCUGUCUCAUUUCUGUAGAAGUUAGCCUGUACAGUGGUAUGUUCUGUUCCUCCAGCUCAAAUGGGAGGCAGUUUGUGUUUGCAGUGGAUCUGGACCAGCGCCUUGAUGCCUGGGGCUCUGCAGGCCCAAGUUUAUGGAAGGUUCCGGCCCCACCCUGCCUGCCCUGCCGGGUCUUUGGCCUGAGAUCUUUUCCUCUGCUGCUCAAGGCAAUACCCAGAGAGCUGCCUCCCCUUGCCAGUGGCUGGGAGAGGUGGGACACAUGGCCAGGCAGUACCUGGAGAAGGGCCUACUGGUGCCGGACCACGUGAUCACGCGGCUCAUGAUGUCCGAGCUGGAGCUCCGCAGUGACCAGCACUGGCUGCUGGACGGUUUCCCACGGACCAUCGGGCAGGCUGAAGCCCUGGACAGGGUCUGCGACCUGGACCUGGUCAUCAGCCUGAACAUCCCCUUCGAGACCCUGAAAGACCGGCUCAGCCGGCGCUGGGUCCACCUGCCCAGCGGCCGCGUCUACAACCUGGACUUCAACCCACCACUCGUGCCGGGUGUGGAUGACGUCACUGGCGAGCCGCUGGUCCAGCAGGAGGAUGACAGACCUGACGCAGUGGCCGCCCGGCUGCGGCGGUACAAGGAUGCGGCGAAGCCGGUCAUCGAGCUGUACAGGCGCCGUGGGGUGCUGCACCAGUUCUCCGGGACCGAGACCAACAAGAUCUGGCCUUACGUCCACAACCUCUUCUCCAGCAAGCUUGCACCACUGCAGUCCAAAGACACCAACUGAGGCCUGGGCAGGCGGGUGGCCCGGGCCCGGCACCUUCCUGGGGCGCAGGUGAUAGCCAGCCGGGAGCUCGUGGCGCCUUCUCUAGAGCAACGUCGACCCAAAGGGUCCUUAAUAGGAUCGAGGUCCCCAGAGGCCUCCCAGCCCUGCCUCCUCCCAGCUGUACGCUCAGCACCCUGGUGAUGCGGGCGGGAGCUGCUCCUGUCCCUGUCCCGAGCUCUGCUGGGUCCCAGUCCAGGAGCACCACACUGCCAGCUCUGUGCUCCUGGCGCCCCUACUUGUCCCCUGUGCCGGGGGACUCUGCUUCCACUGGGAGGAGUGUGACAUCCGCUUCCUUCCUUCUGCUAGUGGUUACGUGCAGGACCGAGGGCAGGGACCCUGUGGAUCUCCGAGCCCCAAAAGCUGAGCCCACAGCCGCUUGGCUCCAGCUUGCUCUCCUUUCAUCUCAGAAAGAUUAGAUCCCAAAGCCUCAGAGUGCUCAGAAACCGGAAAUUCAUAAGGAAACGCUGUAUGGUGCUCAGGCCUGUGGAGAGGGGAACGAGAGUCCAUGGAGUCACCAAUGAACAGGAAGGCGGAGCUUUUGAUGAGGACCAUGAGAGGACUGCGGCCGCACCCCCAGACCUGGGCAUCCCAGCGCACACCUAUCCCUCCCAAUUGUCCCUGCGUAUGCGAGGGGUGAAGAUGUGGGCUGGAGGAGGCUGUCACCCUGAUGACAACAGCCUGGCCAUUACAGGGAGAUGAGAGCCUUCCCUUUUUUCCUGCAUUUCCAAAGAUGCAGUCCCUGGGUGGUCAUGGGGUCUGAAAGUUCGAACACUGACCCCCCAUACUAUUUCUUACAAGGCGUCCCCGUUCUGGCUUGGUGCUGCCUCGCUGGCUGUGCUGCCCCAGGAAGAGCAGUGAGGUUAUCCCUGCUGCCUUAAGGGUGUGUGUGGCCCUGCCCACUGUGCCUGUCCCCCCCCCACCCCGGGUGUCCACAGCUGCUCCCCAAGUGACCCAUGAGACCCGUCACGCCAGGGGCGAGAAGGAAGCCUGGUUCUGCCUCUGUGGGGGGGGAGCGCCCUUCCCUCUGUGGUUCCUGCACCCGUCUGUCCCCUGCCGGAGCUCCCCUGCUCCUGGUGGCCUCUGGGCCUGCAGCCCCACCCUCCCUGUCCCUGCCCUGUGUCCCUGCACUCCUGUGCCCAAGCUCAGGAUUUCUGGGGAACGGGGUGGAGAGCAACCUGGGGAGAUGGCACCGUCCAACGUUGCUAUGGAGAUGACUUUUGGAUGGAGAAGUUGAGUUCUGGUUUCUGUGGAGGGUGUCACUCAGAGGGUGACAGCCUUUGCCAUUUCCCUGGUCCCCUCCCUUUUGAGGGGGCGAGUGGCUUCAGGACAUGGGCAGCGGUCGGGGACACGACUGGAUCCUGGGCUGUGGACUCUGGGCAGCCUAAGCCAGCAGUGCCCUCACCCCCCCCCGCCCCCCGCACACAGGUGCCCGCCUUGCCACUGCUCCCAGCCCCCACCCCAGCCACCGAGGCAGCCCGAGGCCCACAUGGGAGGCUGGCAGUGAAGGGUGACCCAGGGCCUGUGCAGACAUCUGCUCCCAGAAGGCAGAGGCUGCCUCUUUAGAAACAAGGGAGGUGGAGAUCAGAUCUGGGGACCCUGGCAGUGGCUCACACCACCCGUGAAUGGCAGAGUGGAGGGACCCUGGCUUUCCCAGCCUGAAGUGUGCCUCUUCCCGGAAGGGAGCGCCCUUGUUCUGCCCUGGAACCCAAAUCCCGAGGGCUGUUUCUGCUGGGGGCUUCCUUCUGAGGUCACUGGGGUGACCGAUCUAUCCCUUGCCCCCUGGCUUAUGUGAGGAAGCCAUGAGAGGAGGUUGGACCCUGCUCCCUCCUGUGUGCAUAAAGAGACCUCAGCAGCAGCCAGGUGUGGCCUGUGCUGGCUCCUGGGCCCCAGCUGCCCUCUGAUGGCCUUGGUUGUGACCUUUGCCCCAGCCAUCCCUGUCGUUCACCUGGGACUGGGCCUGGGCCUGGGCCCCUUGAAGCUCUCAGCGAGUUCACUUUUCUCCUCAGAGCUCAGAAUGGGUCCCACAGUGCGGCCUGGGCAGUGGGGGACCUCAGAAGUGCUGUACCCCAAGCUCAUGCUCUGCACCUGCCCCUGUGUCUGUCCCUGCACCCCUUGCACCACCAUGUGGUUCUGAAGGCGCCACCUGGACAGUGGCACGCGGGGGAUGUGGUUCAUGUCACUCGCCGCCUCCCUAACCCAGGCUCAGAUGCUCUGGUGUCACCGGAGGCCUCUGGGUGGCAGGGAAGAGGGGAGCCCCGGGCGCUGCCACCCUCAACCUCUUUGUGCCAUUGGAGCUGCUGAGAUGGGCACGGUUCCCAGGGGAGGACGCCUGCCCUGACCCAACCUGCAUGUAGGCUUCUGUAAAGUGUCCCUUUCUGGGGACCCAGGCUCAGGAUCAGGCUCUGAGCCAGAUUGCGGACCUCACCCCACAUCUCCUGCGUUUAGAGGCCGAGACCCCGUGUGUGUUGGCAUCUCGUACUUGUGGGGAUGCAUGAGGUACAGCACGCCCUCCUCUCCCUUUCCCUGCUUGGAGCUUCCAGAGCCCCUGCCUGGAAUCCUGGGCUGUGGUGACUCUGUGUAGACAGAGGCAGUCGGGGCUCCAGGGGCUUCAGGCUCACCAGGGGACUUCCUCAGGGUCCCCUCCCUUUCACAACAGCCUCCUGUCUUUGGCAAAGGGAGAGAUGAGUUGUAGAGUGCAAGUCCCUUUCUCCUUCCGAUUCUGGUUUUAGUGGCUUCCCAGUCCCCAUGGUGUCUCGGAAGAACUGAGGUUCAGCAGGUAUUCACCAUGGGCAUAUGGUCUGCUUGUGAGUUGGCCCCUUUCCUGCUAUGUAGUUCAGGCUGGCCUUGAACUCAGGUGAUCCUCCUGCCUCAGCCUCCUGAGUCCUGGGGUUACAGGUGUGCACCAACAUGCCCAGUCAGUCACACGAUUCUUGCUGGAGUAAAUGCCAUCAUCCAUAUGCCUUGGGGUGUCCCUUGCAGUAUGUGAGGGACGGGGGACAUUUCCAGAGGGCUGAAGUCCAUUCUAGGCAUGGGCGUGAACCCUGUCCUCCAGUGACAGUCGGGCUCUUGGAAUGAGAGACGUCCUGUUGGGAGCUUUUGAGGGGGCACCCGGCCUCAGGUUCUCCCCGGUGAAGCCAUUUCAUAUUUAGAGGAAAGGGAAGUGGGUGCUCUGUUUCAGUCAGCUCCCGGGGCCUCAGGGCUCGGAGCGCCCUUCUAGUUUCAUGGAAGUUUGUACUACUGAUUUUUACAGACCCUGCUGCUGGGGCGGGCGCGUCCCUGGGGCGGUGCUGAGCUACUGCAGCUUUUCACUGUGACGCCCCCAGCUGCACCCGCCUGUGGCUCAGUGACACUGACCUGGUGACUGUCCUGGAGGUGUCGGUUCCUGGUGCCCGGGCUAAUCAUGUGUGGCCUUUGGAUUCUGAGCUUGCUCGCUCAAGCCUCUCAGCCGUCUUGUGCUCUCUGUCCUGUGUCCUGUGCCCUCUGCAUCUUGUUCACUGUAUGAUUGACUAUUUUGGUUACCUGGCUUAAAGAUUGAUUCCUACUUCUCAGUUUGAUAGAAAUAAAGUUCUUUUUCUCAUCAGAA